AUGGCAUCGCUCUGUGACAUUCCUGCUGUGCAGAAUGAACUGGGAAGGUCAAGGAAAAAUGCUAAGUUCGUGGAGGGGAUGGUGUUGGAUGUCAUGGCCAGGGAGAGCAGUGAGCGGAGGAAGAAGCAGGAGAGGAGAACGGAGCAAGGCCCCCAGACUGAAAGGAGAGCAAAGAGGAAGAGGAAAUUUGGACAUACUGAGAGACCACAGAAGCCCGCAUGCACAAAAAGACCACAGGAGGCCACAUGCGCAGAGAGAUCACGGCAGGAAGCAACAAUGGGAUGGCCAUUUGCAAGCCGGAGGGAGAGAGACCACAGAGACAACCAGUCCUGCCAGCACUUUGAUCUUGGACUUCCAGCCUCCAGAAUUGUGUGUGCAGAGCGGAGCGGACCUUGCUGUUCCAAGACUGAGGCACAGGUCUGGACUCUGCACACCCACCCUCACAGUCCCACAGACCUGAGUAUAGAUCUCUGCUGUGAACAGCGCCCCUUUAGAGGAGACGCUGACCUGCAUGACCCUAGGAGAGAAAUGCCAUGGCAUUUCCCGCCAACCCAGUGGAAUGGGAGAUUGGAGGCAGAUUUAAUUCUUUUCAACGAAAAUACAUUAUGUGAUCCUUCUUGCACAUAUAUUUGUGAAAUAAGAUUCCUGUUUCAUGUAUGA